GAGAUGGACGUACCGACUUGAGGAUGGCAGGGUGUGGAACGCUUCAAAGUUGUCGGUCGUCCCAGAGCCAGAGAUGAGCACGCACAAUCAGGACAGGCCAGCAACGAGGAACGAUACCCUUGGACAGCCCACUUCAGGUGAAGCCAAAAGAGUUCCUCAAGGUGUAACCCCUACCGGAGGUGCAAGAUGGUGCCACGAUGACUGGCAGCUAACCGCUGCUACUCCCACGCAGUGGCAGUGAAAACAGCACCGACCACACAUACAGUCCUCAACUAGUCCAACACGGUGGCAAAGACAACAGCGUCGACCAUAUACACCGCCACUAGGCAUGUGCGAAUAUUCGAUUUUUCCGAAUAUUCGAACGAAUAGUACAUUAUUCGGUAUUCGCUUCGAUCCGAAUUCCGAUAUUCGAAAAAGUUUGAAGUAUUUGGCACUAACGAAUAGCGGAAGGAAAGCCGAUUGUAAAUGGUAGUUUGGGUUUCGGUUGUUACUCACGAAAGCCCCAUCGGCAUCAAGAAAUUAAAAAUAUCCAAUCCAAUCCAAGACAUGGUAAACCGAUCAGAAAAUCGUGCAUCGCAGCCGUCGCAGCUCCACAAAGGAUUCCGAAGUGUGCUCGCUCUAGGUGCUGCGUGUUUGUUCAUAUGGCUGACGGGUCAUCGACGGCAGCCGGGAAUGAUGAAAGUGAAGCAGGUGUAUAUCGAAAUCCGAUAUGGAACUACUUCUUGAAAGUGCCACCGGGAAAUGAAGCUCGGUGCCUCAAAUGCAAGGCAGUGCUGAAAACUCCAACGGGUACGACAAUGACCCUCGCAACGCACCUGAAGAGGCACCCUGAUUCGUACAAGACUUUCGAAUGUGAGUGUCAAGCACGCGGGAGUGCCGUCAAACACAAGAACGGGAGUAAACCGAAUCAUCAGCAACCGUCGGUAGCCGACAGUUUCAAGCCCAAACUGAAACCGACUGCACUCAAAGCGAAACAAAUGACGGCGAUAAUAGCGAACUUCAUUGCUAGCGCAAUGCAUCCGUACAGCAUCGUAGAAGAAAGUGGUUUCGUUGAAAUGAUGAAGCUUGCCAUGCCCGACUACACCGUGCCAUCGCGGACGACCUUUUUGCGGGUUGUCAUCCCGGAUCUAUACGAGUCCAAAAAGAAAGAACUAAGAAAGAGUCUGCGAGCCAUUUUCAGUAGCGGAGCAGAAUGUUACUCCAUCACGACGGAUGGCUGGACCUCGCGUGCAAACAAUAGCUACGUCUCCGUGACUUGCCACGUGAUGGACAAAGAAUUUCGACAGAACGUGCGCGCUUUGGCUUGUACGGACAUGACGGACUCCCACACGGCCGAAAACCUGGAACAGUUCAUCAAAAGUGCUAUCGAGGACUGGGAACUACCGGCGCCAGGCACCAUGCCGAUUUAUGUAGUCACGGACAAUGCUAGGAAUUUCACCUCAGCGUUUGCACGGUCACCGUGGUCUGGCGUGCAGUGCUUCGGACACACACCCAAGCUGUGCAUCAGCAACGCCAAAAAAGAAGUGGCGGGUUUCUCGCAGUUAUGUGCGAAAGCUAGAACCAUUGUGGCUCGAUAUAAAAGGAGUGCGAAGGCCCGCGGGCGCCUUAUGGAAAUCCAAAAGAACAUGAACCUUGAGUCACUUGAAGUUGUGCAAGACGUUCCAACACGUUGGAACAGUGAACACGCCAUGAUGAAGAGGCUUGUGAAGCUUCGCGUGCCCGUCAGUGUGGAGCUGUCGGAAUGUGACACAGUGGAACCUCUCAGUGCAAGUGAGUGGAGGCUCAUGGCUGCAGUAGUGCAGGUCUUGCAGCCUCUCGAGCAAGCCACAGCUGAGCUGUCUGGAGACAGCUAUCCGACCCUCUCCCAAGUGAUCCCCUUAUUAGAGUGCACCAAGGUUGUUCUCAGUCGACACUCUACCGAUGAAGCAGGAUCAGUUGCCUCAAGCCUCAUACAAAGCAUCAAGACACGAUUUCCAGAUGGGAAGAUGUGUCGCCUUCUAGCCUUGUCAAUGUUGGUGGACCCCAGGUACAAGGACGGGUGCUACACUGGAGAGGCAGAAAAAAAAUGGGCACGCACACUCCUGACGAAGGAGCCUAGUGAUGCAGCCGCCGAAACCAGCGGAGGCAUAGGAGACUCGUUGGGAGACACCCUGUAGGAUGUCUUCACCAGUCUUAGUUCUGACACGCACCAAAAGCCAGGCCACGAAUUCGCUACCGAGUCUGUUGAGUACCUGAAGACACCCCUCCUUGCGCGCACAGAAGGCCCCUUGGCAUGGUGGAGGUGCAGGGGAAGACAUCUGUACCCAUCCCUCGUCCGUGUUUCCCGUAGGUAUCUCUCGAUACCAGCAACUCAGACUAGGAGUGAAAGGCUUUUCUCAAGCGCAGGAAGCAUCGUGAACUGCAGGAGGGAGCUUCUCCUCCUUGAUCAUGUGCAGCAGCUCGUGUUCCUUCAUGAAAAUCACUGACUUUUCUUGUACUAAGUUUUGAUUUGUGCAUGAGCUUAAUUUUUAUUUUGUGGCUGUGUUGCAGUGAAAAUAAAUGGUCUGUGAAGUGACCACUGCAUAACUUUUGCUAAUAAUUUUUCCUACAAGCAUUCGGAUUAUUUGCUUUGAAAAUAUUCGAAGCAAAUUACUAUUCGCUUCGAACUAAAAAAACACUAUUCGCACAUGCCUAACCGCCACCCUUCGAGACUCUAAGACACCCACGUGAACUCAGGAUGGAGCCCUGUGCAAUGCCGUCGGGACGUGGCUCGGGACAAGGGGACAGUUGCCGGUCGAUGAGCCUUUCCCCUCCGGAGGGGCGGUGCAUUCACCAGACAGUGCAAUGGAAACGCCCCGACUGCCAGGAAUGCGAAGGCCACGUCGAAACCGUCGACCACCUUUGUACUAUGGCGAUUUUGUUUGAUUAACGAAGUGUACAUAGGAGUCCAUAGAAAUCGAUGCGUGUAAGUAAACGUGAUUAGCUUUAUAGUUCCUGGCCAGGAACACGUAAGUCUGAAUGAUGUGAAUGUGCUUCGAUGUAAUAACUGUAUUGUUCGCAUGCGUGUUAACACUGUGUUGAAACUGUGUUGACCUAUGUAACUGAUGCGGUGUUGAUUAUGUGUCUUGCGCGCUAUGUCCUAUUUCUAUCCUCUUUUUCUCGGCUGUAUUAUAUUCACUUUUAGUUUUCUUUACUUGUCAUUUAAGGGGGGGAGAAUGUUGUGUUCAUCAUGUUUCGUUAUCACUUCCUUUUCUUCUGUGUUGUCCUAUCUAUCACGCUAUCAUCAAUCUUCCUCUUCCUUGUUUUCUGUGAUAUAAUGGGAAUGUCUCAUGACAUAAAACAGUCUUCCUGAGAGCUCCGACUGGACUGGUUGUUCUUGACACACGACCCACACCCGGGGACUCUACACCGAAAAUAACGUCUCUCGCACAGUCUUGCAGAACGAUAAACUUGACCGGACACGUCUCGACAUGAAUCUCGAAUAAUGUCCCCCCGCAGUCCGUAUCUGUGGGCCAUCCCACGACACCGUCGCUUUCUGAAGGCGUUUGGAGAGCCUCCCACUCAGGACGGAGUUGUCCGCUCUGGUCUCGACAAGAGCCGACGUGUCGUAGCAGUCAAUAACGACUUUUAGGUUAUUCUUUACCGUUCCAAGAGCGUCAUUUCGGACUCUGGUGGCGUUCGAGGGGGGGGCCCUCCGACGUUCGUGGAGGAUCUUGGCGUAGGUCGUCUUCGGUAACUCUGCCUCCAGGGGUUGUUGCGCCUUGUUUCCCUGGCGACGAGAGAGCGGCAACAGGCUUUUAUGUCGGGGUCGGUGCAUCGGCGAAGCUGGACGUCGUGGCAAAGGCGACCGGAACUCUCAGCGGGAUGCAGGCUCGGGCGACUGAUGUCGUCGCAGGUACUUGUCGACCUCCUGAGGGCGUUCACCAUAAUGGGGGCGCAGGUCGAACCCGCGCAGCCCGAGUCGUCAGCAAGGGCAUCGGCGGUAGGUGUGGUCUGCUUCCCCGCAGUAGUAGAGGCUGCGGAUGACGAGCAACUAAGGCGUAAAUCAAGGCUGGUGGUUCCGGUGCAGCGUCCGCGAGAAUGUCGGGCUGGAUCGUUUGCUGGAUCUCCUCUCGUACAAUCUCGGCGAUCAAGAGCAAAGCUGGACAUUCGGUAGCAAGGUACCAGCUCCUUUAGUUCUUCACAGACGAUGUCCCGGAUGAUCUCACUGAUCCCUGGGAUAUUGGGGCUGAGGGUGCAGCUGGACGGCGUGGGUACAGCGACGCCAGGAACUUGAUGAUAGUUGGCGGCUCGUGUUUGAAGGGCACGCUCGAUGUUGGUGGCCUCCGUGAUGAAACCUUUGUCGGUGGUAGGUGGGCUCCGCACAAGGCCUCCGAAGGUGCUUUCCCUUACGCCGCGCAUCAAGACCAGCAGCUUUUUCUCUUCGGAAGCGUUUGGGUCGGCACGAUUUAUCAGGCAGAGAACGUCGUCGACGAAGCUUGCGAUGCUCUCGUUCGACCCAUGGGUUCUCGCUUGCAGAAGUUCUUCAGCAUGCUGUCGUCGCUGCUGGUUGGCGAAGGUGUGUUGCAGCUCAACCUGAAAUUCUUCCCGCGAUGAAAUCAAUGCUUCGUGGUUCUUGUACCAGGUGCGGGCCGUGCCUUCCAAAGCGAAGCAGACAUUCCGGAGGCUCUGCCC